UGACUCUUGUUUUGAUUCUUUUUUAGGUUUAAUAAUUUUUAUUAACUGCUACAAUGUACGGUGGGCGACACGAGUCCAGGAUGUUUUGACAUUGUCAAAAGUAAUCGCUUUGAUUGUGAUCAUCAUAGCUGGACUUGUACACAUCGGAUUGGGUCACACUGAACAUUUUGAAAACGCAUUUGAAGGUACAAACACGGAACCUGGAUACAUUGCCUUAGCCUUUUAUUCGGGUAUCUUCUCGUACGCUGGUUGGAAUUACUUAAACUUUGUUACUGAAGAAAUGAAAGAACCUUACCGGAUUUUUUUUGUCGGCGCAAGAGAAGGUCAUCUUCCAAGCUGCUUAGCCAUGAUUAACCUGUACCGUUAUACACCAGAAUCUAGCCUUAUAUUUUUGGGUCUUCUCAGCUUGGCCUACCUGACCACUGUACAAGUCUACACACUUAUCAACUACACGGCCUUCAGUGAAGCUCUCUUCGUCAUGUUCUCCGUAUCAGGGAUGCUGUGGAUGAGGAUCAAAUAUCCACACUUAGAAAGGCCUAUCAAGUUGAACAUCCUAGUACCCAUCGUUUUCCUGCUGAUAUGUGGGUUUCUGGUAUUCCUCCCUUUCUACGUAAACCCAUGGGACACAGGAAUGAGUCUCGUCCUAACCCUAUCUGGGGUACCUGUUUAUUAUCUCACAGUUAAGUGGGAGAAGAAACCUCUGCUGUACAGAAGGAUAAUCGAAGGGAUAACGUAUUUUACACAGAAGCUGCUAGUUUGUGUUGGGCAAGAAAAACACGAGUGACUGGAAACAACAACAGCACCAACACCAAACAAAGAAAAAAAAUAUUAUGUUCUAUGGAAUAUUUCAAACUAGAGAAACAAUGCCCCAAAGUGUUCCUUGAAUGUCCUGUUAGU